UGGAGAUGCUCUUACGGAGGGUGUUGGAGAUGCUCUUUCGGAGGGAGGGAGUUCUCGGCAGGCCGGCGUCAUGAUAAGUAGCGUCUGCUCUGUGGCUCCGCUGUUCGCUCCUUCGCCUCGCCAAGUCAAACUUCACUCUUAACGUAUCGACAAACUUCCAGAGAUCCACAAAGAUGUUCCGACCGAUGCAGGUCGCCAUCAGGGGGGAGAGCCGCCGGGCUGCGCCAGCGGCAGUGGCUGGCUUCGUCAGCCACUACGGCUACUACUCCACGGCCUCGAACUCCCAAAGGUUAGCCGGGAAAGUGGCUGUGAUCACCGGCGCCGCCAGCGGGAUAGGCAAGGCGACCGCCGCGGAGUUCGUCAGGAACGGCGCCAAGGUCAUCCUCACCGACAUCCAGGACGACCUCGGCCACGCCGUCGCCGCCGAGCUCGGCCCGGACGCGGCGUACGCCCGCUGCGACGUCACGGACGAGGCGCAGAUCGCUGCGGCCGUCGACCUCGCGGUGGCGCGCCACGGCCGACUCGACAUCAUGCACAACCACGCCGGCGUCACCGGGCGGAUGGCCAUGCACUCCGUCGGGUCCCUCGACCUCGCCGACUUCGAUCGCACCAUGGCGACCAACGCCCGGUCCGCGGUCGCCGGGAUCAAGCACGCGGCGCGCGUGAUGGUGCCGCGCCGGAGCGGGUGCAUCAUCUGCACGGCGAGCACCGCGGGGGUGCUGGGCGGCAUCGUCGCGCCCACGUACGGCAUCUCCAAGGCCGCCGUCAUCGGCGCCGUGCGCGCGUUCGCCGGGGAGCUGGGCCGCCACGGGGUGCGCGUGAACGCCAUCUCGCCGCACGGCAUAGCGACGCGGUUCGGGCUGCGCGGGCUGGCGGAGCUGUUCCCGGAGGCGAGCGAGGGGGAGCUGAAGCGGAUGGUGGAGACGGGCAUGAACGAGAUGGGCGGCGGGACGGUGCUGGAGGUGGAGGACAUCGCCAGGGCCGCCGUGUACCUGGCGUCCGACGAGGCCAAGUAUGUCAACGGGCACAACCUCGUCGUCGACGGCGGGUACACGGUGGGCAAGGCGGCCAACAAGCCGGCGCCGGCGGGAUAAGCGCCCAUGGGCGAACGACACGUGCUUUACUCCGUACUGUUCAAGUCUGCCGUAGUAAUGCUGCUGAGCUCGGGUGUAAGUCAUUGUUGUUAUGAUUAAUGGAAAUCGAUUAAAAUCAA